AUGUCUUGUUUACUGCCACAGUUCAAGUGCCAACCAGACACCUUCUCUGUUCACUUUAGAAAUCUCCAACAUCACGGCACCAACCAUACCCAACUCUCAAAGAAUAGGGAUUCAUUUUGUUUCCGAGCACAAUGCAUUCUGUCCCAUGCAUCACCAUCAACAUCAACUGCAGUGCUUGAUCUGGAGAAGCUGAGAUUGCCUUCUUUAGAACCCCAUUCAGAUUCAAUUGCUGCAAAUAGACCAUGGACAUAUAUAGGGGGAAUCAUUCCACCCAAAGAGCCAUCCCUUGGAACUAGUUUAGCGGCAGAAACACUUAUCGCAAAUGACGAGGCUGUAAUUGCUGCAGCUUCUGCUGAAGCAGUUGCUCUUGCAAGAGCUGCUGUCAAGGUUGCGAAAGAUGCAGCUGAAAUGGCUCAAAAUUACUGUUCUGUGAAAAAAGAAACUAAAAGUCCAAUUUCAACUACGGCAGAUUCCUUUUCAUCAAUGUGGUCUCUGCUUACAGAAAAAGAACGAGCUGAUAUAAUAGGAGAUUCUGUGUCAGCUGAAACUGGACUAAGAGAAGAAUAUUCCAUGCAAUACCCUACCAAAGAAUCCGAUUGUUUAGAACCAACACAUGAAGAACUUGCACUUUUGCAGAAACAGCUUUCAGAGGGUAUAGCUGUGCGAUCAAAGCGCCAAACAGAAAGAAAAACUAGACGAGCAAGAGCAGCUGAAAAGGCUGCUGCAAAUGUUGUGUCCGUGAAGUCUGGUUCUACCAGCAAGAAAAAGCGUGUGCCCUUGCAAGAAGUAGACCAUUCUGAUCCAUUGCGUUUUUUUAGAGGAGCCAGCAGCUCUUCCAAGCUUCUUAGUGCUACUGAAGAAGUGGAGUUGUCAGAAGGAAUACAGGACCUACUAAAACUUGAAAGGAUUGAGGAGGAGCUGAAGGAGCGAUUUGGAGGCGAGCCCAGCUUUGUGCAGUGGGCUGCUGCUGUUGGAGUUGAUCAGUUAACUUUGAGGAAGCGCUUAAACUAUGGUAUCCUUUGCAAAGACAAAAUGAUAAAAUCCAACAUCCGGCUUGUUAUUUCAAUUGCCAAAAAUUAUCAGGGUGCUGGGAUGAAUCUCCAAGAUCUUGUUCAGGAAGGAUGCCGAGGACUAGUACGAGGUGCAGAGAAGUUUGAUGCCUCAAAAGGUUUCAAAUUCUCAACAUAUGCUCACUGGUGGAUUAAACAGGCAGUCCGCAAGUCUCUCUCAGAUCGGUCUAGAACAAUUCGCUUACCAUUUCACAUGGUGGAUGCAACUUAUAGAGUGAAGGAGGCUAGAAAACAAUUGUAUAGUGAAAAUGGAAGACAUCCUGAUGAUAAAGAAGUUGCAGAGGCAACUGGGCUCUCUAUGAAGAGGCUCAGUGCUGUACUACUAACUCCAAAAGCCCCAAGAUCUCUUGACCAGAAGAUGGGGUUUAACAUGGAUCUUAAACUUUCGGAAGUGACUGCUGAUCCUGAAGCAGAAACAGCAGAAGAUCUGUUAAUGAAGGAAUUUAUGAAAAAGGACCUGGAGAAAGUUCUGGAAAGUCUAAGUCCAAGAGAGAAUCAGGUCAUCAGAUGGAGAUUUGGAAUGGAGGAUGGAAGGAUGAAAACGUUGCAGGAGAUUGGGGAGUUGAUGGGUGUCAGUAGAGAAAGAAUUCGGCAAAUUGAGCUGAGCGCAUUCCGAAAGCUAAAGAACAAGAAUAGAACCAAACAGUUGAGGCAGUAUUUGGUUUCCUAA